AUGGUUUCACUUUGUUUAGCUAUAUUGGUUUUGUUUGUAUUUUUAGAUGCAUAUAGGAGAAAGGUUUUCUUUAAGUAUGAAUAACGCAUAAGAACAUGAAGUCCUACUGAAAAGGUUUUUCAGUACUUUGCCUCAAUCCGAACCCCAAGUGGGGAGGUACUUAUGACGCCGGCAGACUUGAUGCAUGCAGUUGUCCCUGUAUUUCCUCCCUCUGAAUCAAAUUACAUUAGAGAGGGAUAUCUCAAAGGGAAAUGGAUUCCUAGCGAGUUACAUUGUGCUCCUUCAAUACUUUUUAUGCUUUUUGAUACCGACAAUGAUGGAUUUAUAUCAUUUGCAGAGUAUGUUUUUCUUGUUACACUACUCAGCAUCCCAGAAUCAAGCUUUUCUGUGGCAUUUAAAAUGUUUGACCUCAACAACAACGGAGAGAUAGACAAGGAUGAAUUUAAGAAGGUGAUGACCUUGAUGCGAACAAAUAACAGACAAGGGGCUCGCCACAGAGAUGGGCUUCGUAUUGGACUAAAAGUUUCAGGUUCUGUAGAAGAUGGGGAUCUUCUGGAGUACUUCUUUGGAAAAGAUGGCAAGCAAUGCCUAGAACAUGGGAAAUUUGUCCAGUUUUUGAGAGACUUGCAUGAUGAAAUAUUGCGAUUGGAGUUUGCCCAUUAUGACUACGAGUCACAAGGAACCAUAUCUGCUAAAGAUUUUGCGUUGUCAAUGGUUGCAUCUGCUGACAUGCGACAUGUAAACAAGUUUCUUGACCAUGUUGAAGAAUUAAACGAUGAACCAAAUCUCAAAGACAUACGCAUUACAUUCGAAGAAUUCAAGAAUUUGGCAGAGCUUCGUAAAAGGUUACGCCCCUUGUCACUCGCAAUCUUCAGUCAUGGGAAAGUGAAUGGGCUCUUGACAAAACCUGAUCUCCAAAGAGCUGCAUAUCAUGUUUGUGGUAUCUCUCUCACGGAGACUGUGGUGGAUAUGAUAUUUUAUGUGUUCGACACUAAUCAUGAUGGGAGUUUGAGCUCGGAUGAGUUUUUAAGAGUAUUACAAAGACGGGAAAGGGACGUCACACUACCGUGGGAGGCGGGAUUCAUGGGAUUGUUUUCUUGCUGGUUGGAGUGUACAAAUAAUUGCUCUUAUUCAAAGAUGCUACUUUAAGUUUUUCAUUCUACUGAUGAAUGAUGAUAUUAUGUGAAAAUGAUA